AUGGCCAAGAAUACCGGGGACACAAAAUUCCGCAAAGUUGAUGUUGAUCAGUACACGGAAUCAGCCUUUCAGGACGAACAAGCAGAUGACAGUUCUGCAACGAAACUGAACGAAUUCGAUGUUCGUGGGCUGUUGGAAAAGUACUUUGGCAUUAUAGCCAAGUUUGAUGAAGCCCUGGCACUUGUGCUUCAGAACGCCCCUAUCAACUCGAAAGAUCAGGCUCUGAAAGAUACCGCUUUCAGAUACGUAAUGCGUCUGUUGUCCCAAAUCAAAGCGCAAAAUAUUGAUGAAUUUGUGGCGGGUUUAGAUGAACCGAAGAUAGAUUUGUUAAUGAAGUAUAUUUAUCGCGGGUUCGAGCAGCAACCUCAGGACGUAACCAAUGCCACCCUGUUGACUUGGCAUGAGAAGGUCCACGCGCGGGGCAAGUCUGGUUGCAUCAUCCGGGUGCUAACCGACAGAAGACGUAUUUGACCAGUUUUGAAUGACUUAACCGCUCACCGGGUGCUUUCACUUGCCGUGAACUCUUGUCAGCUUUACCAGUAUUUUACUACGACUGACGCGACUAUUACCACUAAUAUACCUUUCUUGUGGUAUCUGGUUUGUCUCUCUCUCUUGUUGAUUGUAAUCUCCUACUAUGGGAACCUGCUUUUUAGUGAGUGAAACUUUUUAUGGGACACGUUUGCCUCCGUGACCCAUUGCCUGAAUUAAAGCCUGUUCUUUGUUGAUCAAUAAUUGAUCCACUGACUAAUUGAUUCCAGCUUCUUUCUUUUUUCCUAUCAGAUGAGCACAGCACGACAGUAUUCAGGUAAACACCCGGUCUGGAACUCUCUAUGAAGUUAGUCGAUUUCAGGACACUUCAUGGUUUUGAUAGAAAUCUUAGACGUUCUAGUCUUGCAAGUAUUCAGUGAUGGGGUAAACUGCCAUGUAUAGUUUGGUCUCCAGGCUGUUUAUUCAUUGCCUUGUAUUCU